GCUGCGCCGCCCGGAGCGCGGGGUUCGGCGCGCGGUGACCUCCUGCCCGUCCCUGGCGGUCCCCGUCGCCUGGGGCGACCCGCUUACCUUGGAACUUAGACGGGAUCAGAACCCACGAGCCCCGGUGCGGUGGGAGACCGGGCUGCGCUCCAGCAGGGCUGGCAGGGCGGACCCGGAGCUGAAGGCGGCACCGCUGGGGCGCAGAGGGGAGAGCGGACUGCGUUUUCCCGGAGGGCACGAGGAUCUCUCUUCCAGGGCUGUCGGGGAGAAGUGAUUUUUGACUAGCAGGUGGCGGCGAACUAACAACUCGAAGCCAGAAAGUUUCCAAAGAUGACGACAAAAAUGCAGUAAGGAGGAAAGCCGGGACGGGAGGGGCGGGUUUGCAUGAAAACACCCGCUACGCUCGUCUCUUUCGACCCCCUGGUUGUCCCGGCCAGCGGCGUCUGCGCGCAGUGCUCGGUGUAGAGGGCCGGGUUCCCAUCGGAGUCCGCAGAGCAGCUCCCGUGCAGAGGAGCUCAUCCAAUUUCAUGCCUCUGCUCUCUGUGUGUGUGACACACUGAAGAGUCACGAGAAAUGGCGGUCACUCUCUGAGGGUGGACACCACCAGGAUUCGCAAAGACGAGCAGUAAUCGCGCCCUGUUCACAGGAUGACUCAGGAUGGACCAGGAAGCCGCCCAGCUGGAGAAGCAGCACGUGCACGCUGUGUACGAGAGCACCGCCUCGGACUUCAGCGCCCUGCAGAGCAAGGCCUGGCCGCGCGUGCGCCAGUUCCUCCUGGAGCAGAGGCCGGGCAGCCUCGUCGCUGACAUAGGCUGUGGGACUGGAAAGUAUCUCAAAGUGAACAGCCAGGUACACACCCUGGGUUGCGACUACUGUGGGCCAUUGGUUGAGAUUGCCCGGAAUAGAGGAUGUGAAGUCAUGGUAUGUGACAACCUUAAUCUCCCCUUUAGGGAUCAGGGCUUCGAUGCCGUCAUCUCCAUAGGAGUUAUCCAUCAUUUUUCUACAAAACAAAGAAGAAUUAGAGCCAUCAAAGAAAUGGCCAGGGUCUUAGUUCCUGGAGGCCAGCUGAUGAUCUACGUGUGGGCCAUGGAACAAAAGAAUCGUCACUUUGAGAAGCAAGAUGUGCUCGUCCCGUGGAACAGGGCCUUGUGUUCCCAGCUCUGCUCAGAAUCCAGCCCGUCCAGGACGGGGAGGCCGUGUGGGCAUCCGUGCGACCCCCUUUGCUCUGACGGUGGCUGUUCUGUUUGCUUCAAAGAGCGACGUAGCUCCACACGGUCCCACAGUGUGGACUGUGCACCUGCCGGGCCUGGGACCUGCUGUGCGAGUAUUUCUAAGGAAGGUGAGGAAGAAAACGGAUUCUACCAUGCCAUAGGAAAAUCUUUUCGUUCCUGGUUUUUCUCCAGAUCUUUGGAUGAAUCAACCCUGAGGAAGCAAACGGAAAGAGCGAGACCCAUGAAAAACCCCGAAGUCUGGGCCAAUAGCACGGUGUCAGUGCAGCCUGCCAGACACUCUCGGUUAGGCUCCGAUCACCAAGAGCCGUUUUCCACCAGAGAGGGAAGCUUCGACGAGGAGGUGUUCAUGGAGACGUCUCCUCAGUCUCUGGGGUGGCUGAAAGUAGAAAGCACCGUGACACAUUUCAACGGAGACUGUCAGCGAAUAGUGAGGAGGAAGGGAAGUGGGGGUUUUCUGGGUAGCGAUGACGCCGAGGACUGUGAGGAUGCAGGGCACUCAGGAGGAGGUGGCCCCGCGGCCAGGAGAACAUUCCGAAGUGUGUGUGCCUCCAGUCCCGCAGGGUCCGGCACGGACCACGCCGCGUCUGUCGGAGAGCAGCAGGACACCGCGGACCCCAGGGUCUUCAUGCGUUACUACCACGUGUUUCGAGAAGGCGAGCUCUGCGGCCUGUUAAAGGAGAACGUGUCUGACCUUCACGUCGUCAGCUCUGCCAACGAUCAUGGCAACUGGUGUGUCAUCGCGGAGAAGAAGGUCAACCGUGAUUGACUGGGCCUUGGCGGGCAGCUCCAGAAGGUUCUCUGCACUGGUUUUAUGGCAUCGCUUCAGUUUACAUCCAGUGUUAUUCCUAAAAUCCCUGUAUGUUUUAGUCUAUUGGGACUAUGAACUGGUCAUCUUUUAAAAUCUUUUCUUUUUGUAUUUUAUUUUUACUUUUUUUUUUUUUACAUUCAAUUACUGUGUAUCCUUACAGCAUACGAAACGAAUUUUCCCAUCAUGAAUUCCAUCUUUUUAAAUCUUUGAGUAACAGAGUACCUGGCACCUAGUGCAUUUGACAAAGAGCCUUUUUGGUUAAAUAUUCAUGCAAAAGAUCCGAAGAAGCUUUAGAAACUAUACGUAGUACAGUUUCGAUAUUUUCUUCCUAUGAAAGAUGAACUUCUUGUAAGAAUACAUGGAUAUCAUUUUCCUGGACAGAAAUCCAAUUUGUGUUUUCCCCAUUGAAACAGACUGAAAUAGUGAUGGAUUUCAUGGUUUUAGGUUCUUACUCCUCCAGUGACUGCUACGUUAGAAGAAACUUAUAGGAUUAUUUAAAAAGUGUGUUUGGAAAUUUUAAAAGAUUCUGCUGUUAAAUAUAACUUUAAGGAACAGUAUUUUUAUAAAGUAAAGGAGUAAUUUCUGGUUCUCAGGUUAUAAUUUAUAUCUGUGUGCAAAGUAACAGGUACUUCUGUUGCCAGGAUGUGUUUUGAAAUAUGUGAUAAGUUAUUUUGUUUCCAAGAUGAUGCUUCUACUUAGUGCUAGGGGGGGAAAGAGAUGGGAGAGAAAAAUAAGUGUUAAAGAAAACUUUUCAAAAUCAUAAACAAAUUUGCUUCACGCUAAGUGAAGAAUAAAGUAUUCCAUGUUACUCAGAAGGUUUUCAAAGGCCCUGUUGCAUGCAGAGGGUCAGCCUGUGGCAUGGUGGUUAAGGCAGCUGGAU